UAUAUAUAUAAAUAUUAAAUUGAAUGAGUGCACCAAUAAAGAUCGUGAUGCUUGGAGAGGGUCAGUCAUAUUCAUUUAAUCUUUAGGCAGAGUAGGCAAGACUUGUUUGACUUUGAGAUAUUGCUAAGAUCAAUUUAAUGAGAAUUAAGAAUCAUCUGUCAAUGCCACUUACUUCGAUAAAGUUGUGGACUUGGGAGGUGGUAAGGACAUCAAAUUGGCCAUCUGGGUAUGUCAAUAUUUCAUUUCUAAAGGACACUGCUGGCCAAGAAAUAUUUCAUGCACUGACCACCGUAUAUUAUCGAGAUGCAUAUGGAGCUGUUCUUGUUUAUGAUGUCACUUACAAAGAGUCAUUUCUCAAAGUAGCUCAUUCAAAUCAACUCAUAGGUGGAAAAAUGGGUCGAAGAAUUAAGACAAUUUGGAACCAAGGAUAUUUCAAUCGUUGUCGCAGGGAAUAAAUGUGACAUGAAGAAUUAAAUGCAAAUUGAUAAGAACGAAGUGGAAGAGUAUUGCAAAAAGAUAGGAGCUAAGCAUUUCUUUACAUCAGCCAAAUCAGGGAUAGGCAUCACUGAAUUGUUUAGAGCUUUAGGCGAAAGUAUUAUUGUUCCGAUUACAUUAGGCAUCUCAAUCAAAGUUUAAGCUUAAGAAAGUAAAGGCAAGAAAAAGAAAGGUCUCUAAAUCAAAGAUGUUAAGGACACUAAGAAAACAAACUCAAAAAACGAUGGAUGUUGUUGAAUUACAAUACGG